ACGCCACUGUGUACGGGCUGGUGAUUGGCUGGUAGUUCUCAAUGGCACUUGACGCAAUCCAGAUAUAAAGCCUGACGCGGAGAAAUUAUCACCAAAACAUCGAGUUCACGAAACUACCAUGAAGAAUUCAACUGAAAUACUGUUUGUUCUACAAGGACUGAAUGAGACGAUGUCUACCAAACAAACAUACUAUGUCAUCACUCUACUUGCUUACCUUUUUACAAUUUUAGUGAACCUGACUUUGAUUGCAACAAUUAUUUUGGAGAAAACGCUCCAUGAGCCCAUGCUUAUAUUUCUGUGUAACUUGUGUGUAAAUGGGAUAUUUGGUGCCUGUACAUUUUAUCCUAAAAUAUUGGUGGACCUUUCAUCUGAAUUGAGUGUCACUCCGUAUAAAGCUUGUCUAGCUCAAAUAUUUGUAAUAUACAGCAGUGUAUUCUGCGAGUUCAAUACGCUAGCAGUGAUGGCGUAUGACAGGUAUAUCGCGAUAUGCAAGCCACUCAAUUACCACUCCAUCAUCACGCCUCAGAAGGUUGUGAAACUGCUGCUUUUCACCUGGCUUUUUUCCAUCUGUGAAUCUGCUUUUGCCGUGGUCCUGAUAGCCAGAUUACCUCUCUGUGGUUUCAAAAUUCAAAGGAUUUAUUGUGGAGUUUGGGCAGUGGUGAAGCUGUCAUGUGUGGACACCACAAUCAACAAUGUAUACGGGACAAUUCUCAUGAUUUUUCACUUUUCACAGGUGGUUCUCGUUUUGAUUUCCUAUGUUAAUAUCAUAAAAGCCUCUGUGCGAUCACCGGAAGAUCGGAGUAAGUUCAUGCAGACCUGUUUGCCCCAUUUAAUCGCACUGACCAGCUUCUCGUUCGCAUUCCUUUUUGACCUCCUGUACGCUCGCUAUGGUCCCACCGACCGUCUUCUGGCUUUUCGCAACUUCAUGUCCCUGGAGUACCUCAUUAUUCCACCGCUCCUAAAUCCCCUCAUCUAUGGCCUGAGACUGAACCAGAUCCGCCGGAGAAUCUUUAGACUUCGCUGCCAGAAAAUACGUGCUCUAAAGUGAAUAUUGUGUCUACUUUGCGGUCCGUCCUGGAAAUUUUUUUCAAAUUUGUGAUCGAUUGAAUUGAACAUUUGGAGCUGAUAUAUAGGCGUUUGAAUUGUCAUCAGUUGAGUUGUCUCACUUAACCUCACUACCUAAAUCUUCAUGAAGAUGGAUUCAUUUUUCUUGUGAAGCAAUUGUGUUUGCAAACCCUGUAUAGCUAUACUUUAACUAUCUCACAUGUAUACAGGUAGGCCUAUUGUAUGAGCUCGCUACACAGUAGCCUACACAAGUUUAGUCUCAGUAUUCUCACAGUGAAACUGCUUCAUAGUUUAAAACCAUCCCGUCGUGUGUCAGGUCUUCAGAGGUCAGAUAAUUGCUUUUGUGUACACCUUCCAAUCGCAUGGGCAAAAGUUUUCAAGGAGGAAAUAUUGGUAACAUAUUCAAAAUAUUGGUAGAUAAACAGAAAAUGGAAGAAUUGCUUCCAGUAAUUCUUCAAAAAAUCAAUCUCAGAGCUAGAUGUAAAUAACUGUUUUGUAUUUGUUAUGAAAAAAAACAUGCACAAGUCUCUUGUGGUUGAUUUAUUUUUAAA